AUGGUUGAUGACUGCGGGGAAGAGACUUCUGAUGAAGAUGAGUUUGUCUUUCUGUCACAAGGUGAGAAAACCAAAUCUCCAAAGUUCACCAUGAAGAUUAAUGGACAACCUGUUAUCAUGUUAGCAGAUUCAGGUGCAUCUAUCAACACAAUUUCAAAAACUGUGUACCAGUCCCUCCGACCUAAACCCAAUCUACAAGAAUGCAGAACAAAGGUGUUUCCUUAUGGAAAGAAGAAACCAGUGCAUGUGCUAGGACGUUUCACAGCCACGAUUGCAUCGAAGACCGCAUCUGCUGAAGCGAAAAUAUGUGUCGUGUCUGACGUUGAUGAGUGUUUGUUGAGUUGGCAAAUGGCACAGGAACUUCAUCUGCUAAAAAUACAUGAAUCCGUGUAUUCUUGCAAAUCUGAAGAUCUGAUUACAGAAUACAGUGAUUUGUUCACGGGACUCGGCAAGCUGAAAGAUGUGAAAGUACAGUUGCAUAUCGACAAAGAUGUUCAACCAGUGGCUCAACAGUACAGACGUGUACCAUUUCAUGUCAGGAAGGACAUAGAAACCCAGAUCAAAUCUGAUUUGGAACGUGACGUCAUUGAACGAGCUUCAGGUCCAACACCCUGGGUGUCUCCUUUAGUGGUAGUCCCUAAACCAAGUAGUCCUGGCAAGGUGAGAGUUUGUGUUGACAUGAGAUAUCCAAAUACAGCCAUAAAGCGAGAAAGACACAACUCACCAACACUGGAAGAACUCACAACUAUUCUCACAGGGGCUAAAGUUUUUAGCAAACUUGACCUUAAUCAGGGUUAUAACCAGCUUGAAUUGGUCGAAGAAUCCCGGAAUAUCACCACUUUUGCCACACACCUUGGAUUAUUCAGGUACAAACGCUUGAAUUUUGGAAUCAACAGUGCUGCUGAAGUAUUCCAAGAAACCAUUAGACAAGCUGUCAGUGGUUUGAAUGGUGUCAUCAAUAUCAGUGACGACAUUCUGGUCCAUGGGGGUGAUCAACAGUCAAAUGACACAAAUCUACAUGCCUUGUUUGAACGUCUCCGUGAAAUGGGACUAACUUUAAACAGUGACAAGUGUGUUUUCAACAAGCAUUCAAUUGAGUUUCUUGGACAUGUGUUCAGUGCUGAUGGCAUAACACCAAGCCAGGCAAAACUGUCUGCAAUCCUAGAUAUGCCACCACCCAAAAAUGUUUCGGAAGUGAGGAGCUUGCUUGGAAUGAUGAACUUAGGUGGUGCUCGUCAUGUUCCAAAUUAUGCGACAGUAACCUAUGAACUCCGCCACCUGACUCGCAAGGAUGCUCAGUGGGACUGGACAGAGAAACACCAAACAGCCCUUGACAACCUGAAAUCUGAACAGUGUAAAGCGACAACACUGAGUUUCUUUGAUCCACAAAAACAUACAGAGCUGUAUGUUGACGCAAGCCCUGUUGGUUUGUGUGCGGUGCUUACUCAACCAGAUUCAGAUGGAAAACCCAAAGUGAUUCAGUUUGCAAGCAGAUCGCUCACACCCACAGAACAGAGGUACUCUCAAACUGAACAGGAAGCUUUGGCUGUCACUUGGUCUUGUGAACAUUUUCACAUAUAUGUGUUUGGAUCAGUGUUUACCAUAUUCACCGAUCAUAAGCCAUUAACUACACUGUUCGGGAACCCAAAGGCAUCGUUACCUCCCAGAAUUGAAAGAUGGGUGAUGAGGAUUCAGCAAUAUCAAUUCAAGAUUGUCUACAGACCAGGAGCAGAUAAUCCGGCAGAUUAUCUUAGUAGACAUCCAGUCCAGAUAUGUGCAAGUCAUAGAGAAGAGAAGAUUGCUGAAGAAUACAUUAACUAUGUUGUUACCACAGCAAUCCCUAAAACCAUGACGACAGACUAUGUUGCUAAGGCAACAAGGAAUGACCCAGUAUUACAAGCUGUUAUUCAGGCCUUGAACACAGGCAACUGGAAGUCAAGCAAUAAUGUAGACAAGGUGUAUGACUCUUUGUACAAGUGUCGUAAUGAACUGUCUGUCGCCAUGAACAAUCAAAUACUGUUGAAAGGUGCUCAAAUUGUGUUGCCACCAAGCUUACGCAGACAAGCUGUUGAUCUAGCUCAUGCUGGUCACCAGGGCAUCGUGAAAACAGUUUCCCUGCUUCGUGAGAAGAUAUGGUUUCGUGGAUUGCACAAUAUGGUGGAACAUGUGGUUAAAAACUGCAUGACAUGUCAAAUCACAACUGAUUUGCCAGCACGUGAACCCCUCAAAAUGUCAGAAUUGCCAGAUGGACCAUGGCAAGAGCUUAGUGCUGAUUUCGGUCAGAUAUCAACUGGUGAAUAUCUGCUGGUGGUGCAAGAUGAAUAUUCACGUUAUGUCAUUGUAGACAUACUUAAGGGCAUCUCUGGUCGCAAUGUAAUUCCAAGACUUGAGAAAAUCUUUUCAGAGUUUGGGAUACCACAUCAGCUCAAGACGGACAAUGGCCCACCAUUUAAUGGCUACGAGUUCAGUACAUAUGCAGAGCACACUGGAUUCAAACAUCGGAAAAUAACUCCAUUAUGGCCGCAAGCCAAUGCAGAAACUGAACGCUUCAUGCGUACCAUCAAAAAGUGCAUUAAAGGUGCUAUUGCACAAGGACAAAACUGGAAACAGGAAAUGUAUCGAUUCCUGUUGUCUUACCGGACAACACCACACACGUCAACAGGUGUUCCUCCAGCAACCGCCAUGUUUAACAGAAAUCUGCGAAAUCGUCUGCCUAGUUUGUCCAAGUCAUCAAAAUCCAGAAACAGGAAAAAGAGACAGAGAGACAUGGCAGCUGCCAUGAAGCAGUAUGCUGACAGAAAGGCUUAUGUCAAGCCACACAGUUUCAAGGAAGGGGAUGCAGUUCUCCUGAAAGACAUGUCAAUGAGGAAGUCCAACACCCCAUAUGAGCCUGUGCCUUUAACAGUAACAUCCACAAAAGGCUCGAUGAUCAGUGCAGAGUGUGGGGGGAGGAAGGUAACAAGAAACAGCAGUUUCUUUAAGACGUCACCCCAACAUCCUACUCACUCCAAUAUUCAGGACACAGUUGACACACCUGAAUGUGAUGGUCAACAAGUUCCAGUCAGUGACAAUGAAGAUCAAGCAGUGAUUGAUCCUAUUGAACAUGUUGAACCAAAUGUACCUAUGCGCAGAAAUCCAACAAGAGAUCGAAGACCUCCGAGUAAAUACAAGGACUUUUUCAUGUAA